AUGCGGUCGGGUGUGCGGGCUUCCUCUCCAAACUCAAGUGCAUACCGGCCGCUGUGGUCUUGGGACACUAUGGCGUACAACCAUCGAAUGAGCAUGGCUGGCUCCCAACAGCACCAGAAUCGGACCCGCAAGAAGGAAGACGACAAUGACGCAUUGAUGCGCCUGCCUGAUAAAGAGAUUGCAGGAUGUAUCAACGACAUUGGAAUCCCCUUUACCGCGGCCGACCUGAUGAAACCCAAUGCCCAACAAAUUCAGAUGGUGUUCGAAUGGUUCGCAGAGCUUCUUAUGAACAUUACACGCGAGACGGUAGAACCAGCGAUGCACGCAGCCGCCGAAGAUCUCUGCGGCGACUACCCCGACAUCAUUCCCAAUGACACGCGCAAUCUCAUGGGAUUCUUUAUGAGCAUUCGGACAUUACUGGCGGAGGUAAUUGAUCAAUCCCCUACCGGCGACGCAAACCUAUUGCUAACAGCUCAUGUUUCCGUCAAGUGCGGAGUUAAUGACUUCGCCUUCACCGAUCUGACAAGACCAACUCACGAUCGACUCAUCAAAAUCUUUUCUUACCUUAUCAACUUUGUCCGUUUCCGCGAGUCGCAAACCCUGGUGAUCGAUGAACACUUCAACAAGACCGAGAAGACUAAAGCGCGAAUCGAUCAGCUCCUGGCCGAGAAUCAAGAGAUGCAGCAACGCUUGGCCGAGAUGCGACGAGGUCAGCAGGCCAACGAGAUUCAAGUUCGAGAGAAAGUUGCCCGAAAUGAUGCGCUCAAGGCACGGCUUCGUGAAUUGGGGGCUGAGCAGUCACGGGUAGCUGAGACCCUCGAUCGAGUCAAGGGUGACAGGGCGCGGCGGCAACAACAGUUGGAGGAGAAGACUGAGAGGACAGUGAGGAGUCGGCAAGAAGCAGAGAAGCUACGACCUUACGUACUUGAAUCGCCCGCCACCCUGCAAUCUUCCCUGACUGAGCUGGCCGAGAAUUUGAUGCGCGAGAAGGCACAGAUUGACGCCAUGGAACGGCGUGCUCGGGCUCUUCAGACAUCAUCCGAUACGUUUACUGUGGUUUCAAAUGACGUUCAGGGAUGCGUCAGGCUGCUCGAAGAUAUUUCCACCGAGCUACAGAAAGAGGAUGAAGAAGAGGCUCGUGCCGCGCGGAACAAGGAUGCUAUCUCUGACAAGGGAAAUACCGUGCGGGAAGUUGAGCAGACAGAAAAGCUUCUGCAACGCCAAUUGGUACGGUGGCAGGAACGCAUUGAAUCGCUGCGCAAGACGGCACAGGAAAAAGCAGAGGUAGCGCAGAUCCGAAUGGAGGAGCUCCGAAAUGUGCAAAAACAGCUUCGAGAAGAGCGUGCAGAGAAGCAACGGGAUAUGGAGCGGAGACGCAUUCGGAUCGAGCAGACAGAGAAGAAGAUGGUUGAUCUCAAAGAGAAGAUCGAGAGCGAGAUUCAAGCGGCCCAUGACCAGUAUCUCAAGUUGGAGUCCCACAUCAAGCUCUACAUCACCGAGAUGGAGAAGUCGUUGUGA